AUGUUUGCUUCUUUGCCUCCCUUCUACUCACUUGUUAUGUCCAUGUUUGUGGCAUUCGUGUCAGGCGCAUAUUCAUUUCGUUCUCGAUCACCCCCCAAACCCUCAUUCGGCCCACCUGACCCGCGUCAGCAACCAUUUAGACAAUUUCCUUUCGCCUCUUCUGCUACUGGCCAGACGACAGGGCGAAGUGAGGGGCUGGGGUCAGCUGAUUCCCAGCUGGAGAAGGGGUUUGCGUCGUCUCUCGACCCCUCAGCCUGUGCGCAAACACAACUUGCUGGCCGGCUGGACAGGAGAAACGCUAAACGAGGGAUUUGGGCUGAAGCAUACCGUCCCGGCAACCAAUCAAAGCCGAGCCGGAGGGAGGGAGCCGGGAGCCGGGUGGAGCAUCGGACAGCGAAGACGACAAGCCAGCCGCAUGCUAACUCUUUGCUGGCCCGCACAGACGCGAUUUAA